ACCGGCCAUUUCCUACAUGCCCUCCCGUUCGUACCUCUCGUCUCGGCGCCUAUCUCAACAGAGAUCACCCAGUCCAUCACUCUGCACAAGCGACUUGCAUCAGGUGUCUGGAGCUUGCCAACCAAAGUCAUAUCUUUUUUAAGCAUUGCCUAUUGAGCCCCUAUACCGGGUGUCGAACAAUCCGACUGACGGGCAUCCACACACAAGUGAAGUUCGCUGCCUCUCUCGCAUCACCGUAUCCGCACAGUCGAAUUGGACCGUGAAUUGGGCACCAUUUACAUUGCAACCUGCAUAUGCGACGUAACUACAAGCAUUAGACAUGCACCGCUGUCUUCUGUUGGAUGAGAUCCUCGAAGUGAUAUUUGAUUUUGUCUUCAAUUCUAUGAAAUUGGUUGACUUGAGAAGUGCUUCCAAUUGUCACCAAAUCCCUUAUAUCUUACCGUCUUGCUAUCACCACGAUAGACGCUCUGUCUUCUGCCUCGCGCUCACAUGCCACGCAUUCCGUGAUAUAGCAUUCGGUCUCCUUUAUUCUCACCUGUGCAGCGUCCGGCCUCUUAUCAAGUCCCUGCCUCACUCGGAAUUGGUUUUCUCGGGCACAGCGUCCCUGGUGCUUACAUCUGAACAGUUCAACUCAUCGAUUCCCUACGCCGCACGCGUCAAGUUUCUCUUUAUGCAAUACGACUACCACGGGACUGUAUAUGCAACCCUCCUUGCAAGUGCGCCCAAAGACACCCUGAUAUUUCCCAACCUGCGCUCGCUUACAUGGUACGAUGGGCGCAUCACCUCCAUCCCAGUUCUCAGACUCUUCCUACCUACCCUCGAGACCCUCUCCAUCGACAUCACAGAAACAUCAUUUCGCCAGGCCAUCAUCCCUGACCUCCAUAUUACUGCCCCUCACCUCAAAGCUCUCGAGCUUAUGGGCAAUUACGUCGCAACUCAGUCGGAAAUCAAGUCGUUGUUGCUCACUUAUCCUGAGGGUCUCACAAAGUUUUCGUUUCAAUAUUGCACUAUCUCAAGUGGCUUGCUCGAUGUUAUUGCUACAUGGCCACGCCUCCGAUGGCUCACUCUCCAGCUGGGUCCCGAAAGCAUCCCUUCUGUACCAUUCCACGCGCCACAGAUGUUUCAGGCACUCACUCACUUGAAUAUCUCGUGUAACAAUCUUGGAAUUUUCACAUCUUUCCUGCGCGCCUUCCGAAUGCUCCGGAUGGAUUCUGAUACAUAUUCUCUCGGAUGCUCCAACCUCAAAACAAUCCAUAUCAACGCCAAAGAGUGUAACACAUCCAGCACCUGGUCCGAACUCCUUAGCAGUCUCACAUGUACGAAGCUAGAGCACCUUAUUAUCGAAGAGCUGUGUGAUUGGUUCUCCUGCACGUUAGCUGUCUUUGAUUUCCAUCCCCUCCUUGCGCACCCCAUCGCCCUCGCAGAGCUCAAGACCCUUGUUCUCAUCCCAAACGGCUACACUUCAACCAUCACACUCACUGAUACGGACAUCAUCACGCUUGCUCGCACAUGCCCAUAUCUUACUGUCCUCGAUCUAGGGGUGCGCAAUACGCCUAUAUCCCUAUAUGCCUUAAACUUCCUUGUAAGGCGCUGCCGCGAGUUGCGCCGGGCCUCGGUCUGCGUGAAUGCGGAGCUUGAUGCACUUGGAAGAACGCUUCUAAAAAACGACGUCGACAACGAUCAAGGGGGUCUGCAACCCAAUAUGCAGUUGUUCCAACUACACAUCGGGGGGAAGUCGCCUAUUGCAUGCGUGGGCCCCUUGCGCCCAUCGACGGCUCCAGACCUGAUGAUGUCUAUCCCACGGUUCCUGCACAUGAUGGCGCCGCGGCUUGAGAGUAUCAUGAAGAUAUUGCCCGAGGGAAAGUAUGGACGAAGAUGGGAGAUGGUGUCGGAUGCUUUGUCGGUAAUGGUGAAGGACAGCGCGAAAGAAAGUUGAGGAUGAUUAUGGUAUGAUUUUAUCAUUUCGAGUAUAGCUACAACGUCAACCACGCCGUGCACUUGCUUACUGUUCCUUCCGUGUGGUAUCACUCUUGGGAGUGGCUUAAAUAGAACUCUGUUUGAAUUG